ACAUGUGUCAGAGCUUCUGUUUCGAAACGUGGUCGCUGUUGCGCGCAUGCGCAGUAGCCGCUGCUACUGACCCAACAUGGCGUCUCCGAGAGCUGCGCUGUUUAUGUCCAAAGUGAUGAAACCUUUUUGGGCUGGACGGCUGCAAAAUACUGUUAAGGUAUUUGGAACAACUUUGGAAAGUCAUAGGAAUAACUCCUUACUUAUUAGAGGAAAUAUUCCCCCUCCCGCAAAGUAUGGAGGAAGACACACUGUGACCCUCAUACCUGGAGAUGGAAUUGGUCCAGAACUCCUCACUCACGUCAGAGAAGUUUUCAGGUUCAGUUGCGUGCCAGUGGACUUUGAGGUGGUACAUGUGAACUCGUCAUUGGAGAAUGAGGAUGACAUGAUAAAUGUGAUCACUGCCAUCCGCCGUAAUGGAAUAGCCCUCAAAGGUAACAUAGAAACCAAACACAGUUUGCCACCGUCUGUCAAAUCCAGAAAUAGUCUUCUUCGAACUAGCUUAGACCUAUAUGCCAACGUGAUGCACUGCCAGUCCCUCCCUGGAGUCAAGACUCGCCACAAGAACAUUGACAUCAUGAUCAUCAGGGAGAACACAGAGGGCGAAUAUAGCAGUCUGGAGCAUGAGAGUGCAUCUGGGGUAGUAGAGAGUCUCAAGAUCAUCACCCGGAACAACUCCUUAAGGAUUGCUGAAUAUGCUUUUAAAUUGGCUCGGGAGAAAGGUCGCCGUAGGGUUACUGCUGUGCACAAGGCUAAUAUCAUGAAGCUUGGGGAUGGCUUGUUCCUGCAGUGCUGCAAAGAAGUGGCUUCCGGUUAUCCAGAUAUCACUUAUGACAACAUGAUAGUGGACAACACCACUAUGCAGUUGGUGUCUAAGCCUCAGCAGUUUGACGUGAUGGUGAUGCCCAAUCUGUAUGGGAACGUGGUGAGCAACGUGUGUGCUGGCCUGGUAGGAGGGCCUGGCCUUGUACCUGGGGCCAAUUAUGGCCGUGACUAUGCUGUUUUUGAAACGGCCACAAGGAACACAGGAAAGAGCAUAGCAGGCCGGAACAUUGCUAAUCCCACUGCCAUGUUGCUUGCCAGCUGUAUGAUGCUGGAUCACCUUGAGCUUUAUGAUUAUGCAAGUUUGAUCCGGAAUGCAGUCUUAACCACCAUGAAUGAAACCAGGUUGCACACGCCUGAUAUUGGAGGGGAAGGCACAACAUCAGAGGUGGUUCAGUCUGUUAUGAGCAUCAUCCAGAGUAAGGGGCAACUCACUACUGGUCUAUAAACUGCUGGACUCACACUGACCAGACCUGUUGCUAUCCGAUGCAGCUUUCUGUAUCUAGAGCAGAUGUUACAGUAUGAUGGACCAAGUCCACAGCCCUGGUUUGUAUCACUGUGUUUCAUGCUGACAGUAAUAAUAACCUGCAGUGGACUGUUGUAAACAUUUUUUGGGGGGGUAAUGGCUCCAAGUACAAUAACAAUGUGUUUUUCCUGUGUUUAAGGUCACUUUUGCAGUAAAAUCAAAAUGUCAGACACACUGUUUGAUGUUGUAGUAUUUUUUACCAUUUCUGAGUCUUCGGAGUUGCAGUUGUUCUCUGGCAGUAUAAUGAAUCACAAUGAGCUAUGGUAUGGCCUCCAAUUUUGUGCUUUAUUUUACUUAUUUGCCCACACUGUGACUAACUACUUGCUAUUUAUGCUACUGUCCUGUGUCUUCACAAAGAUCAACUGUCCUUUAAAAAUGGUUUUGUGGUGUACUGUGGAUAAAUGACUCGUCUAUUUUUGGCUUAAUUAAAAAGGUGGCAAGGGAAGAGCUUUAAACCCUUAUGAAAAGGCUGGUUUCAUCCUGUCUGCGGGCAUAUAUACUGUAAAACAUAAAUAUUAUCAUAAAGAAAUGUACCUUAAA